AACUAAAUUAAGUAAAGAAUAACACAAAGCAAAAGAAGCACACUGCCUUUAUUCUAUUCCUUGUCUUCGUAAUGCUUUGAAACAAGCUAAUUCAUCAAUUCUUUCCUAUAUAAUCUCAAACACAUUAACUAAAAAUUCCAUCGAUCUUAAACAUGGAGGGUGUAGAACACCGAACAGUGAAUGUGAACGGCGUAAACAUGCACAUAGCUGAGAAGGGUCACGGCCCAUUCAUACUCUUCAUCCAUGGCUUCCCCGACCUAUGGUACACGUGGCGCCACCAGAUCGUAGCUCUCGCUUCCCUCGGUUACCGCUGCGUGGCGCCCGACCUCCGAGGCUUCGGCGACACCGACGCGCCACCCACACCCACCGCCUACACCAGCCUCCACGUCGUCGGCGACAUCAUCGGACUCCUCGACGCCGUAGCCGGCGGCGAAGAGAAGGUGUUCGUGGUUGGUCAUGACUGGGGUGCCCUCACUGCUUGGUAUCUUUCCCUCUAUCGCCCCGAACGAAUCAGAGCUCUCGUUAACUUGAGCGUCGUUUUCACUCCACGAAACCCCCAAAGAAAACCCCUUGAAACCUUAAGAGCAGUCUAUGGAAAUGACUAUUAUAUCUGCAGAUUUCAGGAGUGUGGAGAUAUAGAAGCUGAGUUUGAGGAGAUUGGAACUGAAAGAGUGCUGAAGGAAUUCCUGACGUACCGGAACCCUGGUCCACUUUAUCUACCUAAAGGGAAAGGGUUUGGACACCCAUUUGAUUCUCCCAUAGUGUUGCCCUCAUGGCUAUCUGAAGAAGAAUGUAACUACUAUGCCACCAAAUAUGAGAAGACUGGCUUCACAGGGGGUUUGAACUACUACAGAAAUUUGGAUCUAAACUGGGAGCUCACUGCUCCGUGGACUGGUGCUCAAGUCAAAGUUCCAGUUAAGUUUAUUGUGGGUGAUCUUGACCUUACCUAUAAUGCACCGGGCACGAAGGAUUACAUUCACAAAGGUGGGUUCAAGAAAAAUGUGCCGCUUUUGGAGGAUGUAGUAGUAAUUGAAGGGUCAGGGCACUUCCUCCAUCAAGAAAGGGCUAAUGAGAUCAACAAACACAUCCACGAUUUCUUUCAAAAAUUCUAAUUUGCUCUGGAUGCCUUCUUCUUGUUAGGCAUGCAUGCUUCCCUUUGUUCUUGCUCUAUUGCAUCUUUGUCCUUCAGUUCCUGCUUUGUGUGCGUAUUUGCUAAAGUGCGUAUGCAUGUAUAUCUACACAACUCUUUGAGGCUUAUGUUUUAUUGAGAGUGAUACGAGUACUUUGGUUUGUUGGAGAUGAAAGAAGCUUAUUUCCCACGCACUGAAAUGUUUACCACUCAAGCUCAUGGGUAAAGGAGUGGAAACAAUUAAACAUAUCGCAUGUCCUUUAACCACAAAAUUUUCUAAAAUCCUUCUCUCCACUAGACAAUAUAAUAACUGAAGACGUUUACAUCUUCCAAUUCAAGGUAACAAAUGGAAAAAGUUUUUCCUG